AUGCUUGGUCAUGUAUUUUUUAUCAUUUCUUCUAUCGGUGUCCUCAUUUACUUCCUUGCUCUUCCCAUAAUUGCCUACUUCCGUGAACCUAAGGGUCUUCGCAAAUUCCCGCAACUCUCCAUUUGGUCCGGAAUAUCAGACUGGCCUUAUAUGAGAGAGUCACAAAAGGAAUUCCGCUCCCAGUAUAUGUUACAGAAGCAUAAACAACACCUGACCCUCCGUAUCGGACCAAACUCGCUUUCCUGCAGCGACGCUAGUGCAAUAAAAGACAUAUAUGGGCAUGGAACAAUAUGCAUCAAGGAUCGUUCUUACGUUGAGGUCUCAGGAACACAUACCCAUCUCGCCGACGUGGUUGAUAAAACAGAGCACGCACGCAAGAGAAUGAUUCUCUCAAGCGCAUAUGCCGUAAAGAACCUUGAGGAGUGGGAAUACAAGGUCUCUGAUAUGACAGGCCGAUUAAUUCGAGCAUUCGACGGCCUUUGCACUCCUCCCUUGAAAGAUGGCGAGAUCCCAAAGACCACCGACCUCACACUCGACUAUCGCAAGUGGAGCAACCUGUUCACGAUAGCGGCAAUUGCCUAUAUUGGCCUAAGCGAGGACAUCCAAUUCAUCGAAAACGGCAACGAUCUCAUCACGUCAGAGAACACAAACGGCGCGACCAAACAAGUCCAUUUUCGAAAAUUUCUACUCAACACAGCCAUCGCUCAGUCGAACCUGGUCUGGUCUUACGACUGGUUCAAGACACUUACCAGAAUCAGCAAGGUGGUAUCUUCUACUUAUCAACGCAUGUGGAGCCUAAGUGAAGACUGGAGCGGAGUGGUCUACAACCGCGCGACAACACGAACGAAGCGAUAUGAAAACGGAGAAAAGCUAGACGACUUCUUCUCCGUACUCAUGAAUGACAAGAAUGGAAAUCCUCACAAUCUCGAAUGGGGCGAGAUCGUCUCCGAGGUCGUAUCAUGA